AUGUUGUCACUGGCGGAGUUUAUGAGCAAUGUUCUGCUCUCCGCAUUCGCAUCAAGUCCGAGAACGAUCCGCUGGUGGUCCUCUGCACCGGACUUUGGCCGGGUGGGCUUGGUCCGGGGUGGAUCGCCAGGACGAAUGGGCUUCGCCAGCCACCUAAGGGUCCUCAGAAGCUUGGAUCUCGUCAUCUUUCUUGUUCAGGCACUUUCUGCUGGUCCCGGAGCAGAGGCCGAUGUGUUGGACACAUUGCAUAACGUCAUGUUUGGCUACUGUGCGUGA